AUCUGUCGGCUAGUAGACUAGAAAUUUGUUGGCCUCAGCGUUAGUGUAUGGUAUUGGAUGCUGGAGUUGUUUCACAAUAUUUUUGUGAUCUUUUGAAAUAUAUUCAUAUAAAAUUAACAUUUAAUGGAGAAGAAUGAGAUCAAGUAAAUUUGGAUUUCUCUUGAUAUUAACAGUCUUCGUAGACUUUUCCAACCAAUGGAUUAUUCCACUUGGUAUAGGCGGUUUACUCACCGGAGUUGCCUGGAAAUAUUUACCAUGUGCCUCUGUAUUUUUUGAAUGCUGUGAUCAGAAAUGGUUUAAUAAAAAUAACAUUACAGCAUUGACUAAAUCAUUGGAAGAAAGUUUAUAUGGUCAACAUUUGGUAUUGAAGACUGUUGUUCCAGCUUUAAAAAGACAUUUAACAAAUAAAAAUCCUCCAAAAGCAUUAGUUUUAUCUUUCCAUGGAUGGACAGGUGGCGGGAAGAACUACGUUAGUCGUAAGAUUGCUGAAAGCCUCUUCAAAAAAGGAACAGCUAGUAAAUAUUACCACUUAUUUGUUGCUACCCUUCACUUUCCCCAUAAAGAAAUGAAUAGCAUUUAUAAAGAUAACAUACAACAAUGGAUUAAAGGUAACGUUUCCGAAUGCCCUCAUCAGCUUUUCAUUUUCGACGAAGUUGAUAAAAUGUCGGCUGGACUUAUUGAUGCAAUUCAACCAUUCAUAGAUUUUCACGACAAUGUUGAAAAUAUUGACUACCGUCAUAGUAUAUUUUUAUUCCUCAGUAAUACUGGAGGUGAUAUGAUAAAUAGGCAAAUGGUUAAGAUGUGGCGGAAUGGACUAACACGGGAUGAUAUUCAAUUGAAAGAUAUGGAGUCUCUUAUACAGAAUUUAGCAUUUAAUAAUAAAGACGGAACUGGUUUAUGGCAUAGCUCACUAGUCGAGAGAAAUUUAAUAACUGCUCUGAUCCCUUUUCUACCACUUGAAAAGCAUCAUGUCAAGAAAUGCGCAAGGGAUUAUUUACUAUCACGUUCGCAUACAAAGAUAGCCUAUGACGAUGAUUUUCUGAACCAAAUUGCCAAUCAGAUGACUUAUCAGCCAAAAGAUUCUCAAUUAUAUUCGACAUCGGGCUGUAAAAGGGUUGCUCAACACUGCGAUUUGUUAAUUUAUAACCAUAGUAACGAAGAUUUAUAG